ACUCGAUCGAAAGUUCGCUGUCCCUGGUAAGGUAAGGUUGGUGACUGGACCCGCUCUUUGCCUCCCACGCACACACACCUGGUCCUGCUUAACGGGACGCAUCGCUAGCGCCGACAAAGUGAAUUGGAACGAUUUUUUGUUUUUCCCUUCCCAUUUCCGCUAUUUUUCCAUUACCCUCUGUGGCCGUCCAGCCCAGUGCCAAGUGGACCUUCUUUCCGGAUGGGGUUUAGCGGAGGCCGUGGAAAAACUCUGACCUUUCCCAGAUGGUCACCAAUGGUACGGCACCUUACGCCGUUCGCCUUCCCAUUUGUCUCUGAGGUCGCUGGACGGGCUCCCAUGACCGGCAGCGCGGUGCCGAGUUCGCCCCCCCUCUCCCCUCCUCCACCACUUCGCUCGUUGGAAGCCGUGAGCGAAAAUCCUGGGGAGGGUAGUCCGUACGCACCCGAUACGCCCCCUCGGAGCGAGAUUUUUCCUUUUUUUACUCCUCGGAGUUGUUCAUGUCUCUGCGCCGCUGCGGGCUGGGUCUGCCACUGUCUGGUAACGGUGCCGUACGGGGGCUGACCGUGGACGGCUCUCUCGGCCAAGCAGUGGGAAAAGAAUUCCUUACCGUACAGACGUACCGUGUGAAUGGCCUUUUUGCCGCGUGCGGGAGGAGGAGGGUGGC